GCUUACGAAGAAACGGACGUCCUAAUUAAGGCUUAAAUUGAGCUGAUCUCCUUCCUCCUCAAAUUAAUAUGGCUAAGGCUAAAUUGUUGCUUGCGGUUCUUCUCUUUGUUCUUUUGGUCGAUACGGGUAUCUUCACUGGACGAGGAGUUGUUGGGGUGCAAGCAAUAGAUUGCGGGUCGAAAUGCGAGUACAGAUGCAGCAAGGCCUCGAGGCACAAGAUGUGCAUCAGGGCCUGCAACACCUGCUGCCGGAGGUGCAGCUGCGUCCCUCCGGGCACCUCGGGCAACGAAGACGUGUGCCCGUGCUACGCCAACAUGACCACCCACACCCACGGAGGCCGCCACAAGUGCCCCUAGAAGACGUGUGCCCGUGCUGCGAAUUUCAUUAUUCGAGUUGUGCCUUAUGCGUACAUGCGGAGUUAAUAAAGUUGUGGUCGAUUCUGUUGUAGAUUGAUUAUGUACGCAUGUUAUGUAUGUUCAGUGAAUAAAAGCGAGCACAGAUUGUAUGAAAGUAAGGUGUUCUUAUAAUUAGAAUUUUUUUGAUUUUGGUUUUUAA